AUGAUUCGGGAUCCGAACAUAUCUGAAGACGUUACGUUGAUCGGAAAAUAUUCGCAUUUGCCGAAAGGCAGUUCAUUUAAGAAACGGAAGUUGAGGGAGCUCCUUUACUGUAACAGAACAGUGGACAAUUUUGUCGGAUGCUGGCCAGACACUCUUCCAGGACAGACAGCAAAGAUACAAUGCCCGUCCUUACCUGGUUUCAACCUCGAAGCAUUUGCGUACCGGGAAUGCACGAAAAAUGGGACUUGGUUUGUGAACCAGACAACAGGACAGCGCUGGGCAAACUACAGCGAAUGUUACAACUCACACUCCCCGGAGGAUGAUACCAAGCACAUCUACAUAUUCAUUGGCGGGUUUUCUCUAUCACUUCUCAUGCUGGUGGUGUCAUUGAUUAUUUUCUUUAGAUUCCGGCAACUUCGAUGUGACCGAAUUACUAUUCACAAGAACCUAUUUCUUUCCUAUGUGUUCACUGGAAUAUUCUGGAUUUUGUACUACGUGUUAGCAGCUUUGGAUGGCGAAGUUCUCCUGGAUAAUCCGCUCUGGUGCCAAGCCCUGCACAUUAUGUGCCAGUAUUUCAUUGUGUGCAACUUCCUCUGGAUGUUCUGUGAGGGUUUAUACCUCAACACGAUCAUGGUGUACGCGUUCAGCUCGGGGAAGAUUCUCAUCAUCUCCUGUUACAUCAUUGGCUGGGGUAUUCCGGUCGUAUUAACACUGGUGUACACGUUGGUUCGAGAAUCGGACGACUAUCUCACCAUGGAUUGCUGGAUUAAUGAGAGUGCGCUACAGUGGAUCAUGUAUGGUCCGAUUGUAUUUUCAAUCGGGGUAAACGUACUGUUUUUGGUGAAUAUCGUCCGGCUAUUAAUCACAAAGUUACGACAAAUGCCGGAAGCGGAUCAGACCAGAAAAGCAACGAGGGCUACACUGAUCCUGGUUCCCCUGUUGGGUUUACAAUAUCUUCUUUUUCCUAUUCGACCAGAGCCGGGUUCUAAACUGCAGGACGUUUACCACACAGCCGUCGCGCUGCUAAUAUCUCUUCAGGGUGCUUUUGUUUCAACGAUGUACUGCUUCUGUAACGGAGAGGUAAUCCAGCUGCUACGGCGGAAGUGGAACCAACACAAACUGAUGAGCCGAAGCAGCCUCAGGGCGUCUGGGGGUCCCGGUGCCACAUACACAACCAUGGAUCCCGUCACCCAGACGCAAGCGACAUACUUUAGUACCGCGAAAAAUAAGGAUCCACCGAUGGAAAUGGGGAAAAUGGAAUCGUUGGAUUAG